GCUGCUCUUCCACUCUUCCAGUGCCUGCUCUGACUGGUAAGCAGCUCGGACAGCAGAAUGAGUGCCAAGAAGUCUCCCGAAGAAAUGAAGAGCAUUUUUGAAAAAUAUGCAGCCAAAGAAGGCGAUCCAAACCAGCUAUCAAAGGAGGAGUUGAAGCUACUGAUUCAGUCAGAAUUCCCCACUCUCCUGAAGGGUGCGAGUACUCUAGACAAUCUGUUUAAAGAGCUGGAUAAGAAUGGCGAUGGAGAAGUCAGUUUCGAAGAAUUUCAAGCACUGAUCAAAAAGAUAUCAGCAUGAAGAAGCCAUUAAAGAGCACCGUCACCACCUAGUGAUCGAAUCUUUCACAAGCAUAAAGAUCUAGCUGUGAGACCAAUAUACUGUUAA